GCGGGUAAUAUGUCCUAAUGUGAACGUACAAACGCUUACUAAAAAGUUUGUCAUCAAAGGUAACUUGAUGUAUCAAUAAAUUUCCAUUGAUCAUUCUAAAGGGUCAUCAUUCUUCGUAAGAAACUUUUGUGCCAUUCACAGUGUUUAUAAGCACCUGUUUCAGUUCAUAUCAUCGCAGAGGUUGAUUAUAAAGCUGUUUUAUCGAGUAAUUGAUCUGACAAUUUUUAAGUGUUAAAAGACUGCUGAUUAAAUUUACUUGUUUCAAUAUGCAGUUGUCGUAUCAUUUUGUCAUACAUUAAGUCAAACUAACAAUUGGACGAUGGAAAACAAAAAAUUUAAACCCUUCGAUACAGUCGUAAACUUUAACGAAGACUUCAUUUUAGGUUCCGAAGCACAUACUAAGACAGAUUCUCCAAAAUAUGGUGUAUGUAGCUAUCCAGGUAACAGUGAAGAAAAACGGUCGCAGUCGCCGAAUGGUACUAAUGCUUUCAAAUCAUUUAUUCAUGGUCAGAACAAAUACCGUAAACGUUUAAGUCCAAAUGUUACUACAAAUCUUCAAGGUUCUGAGUACGAAAACUUAUUUCAAAACUUAUACUUCCACGCUGAACCGUUAAGAUUCGUAGGUUACCGGCCGAUCUUCGGUACUACAAAUCUUAUGGAUUUAUAUUCUUUUGAUAACGAUAUUCGUCUCAAACCUUUUGAAUUAUCAUUUAUAGGUGAUUCUUUCUUGAGUUCUUCAGUCCUUCCUCGUCAUCCAAAUGACCAAACCUGUAAAACUACCAAACAUCAAACCAUGCCUAUAUCAACCUCUUUUUCUUACAAGUUCAAGAAGGAACGCAUAAGAUCACUGUCUGAAUCAUCAAUUCGACACAUCUAUCUUAAGAAAAAAAGUACUGAAGCCGAGUCAGGCUUUAUUUUGUCUUGUCAUUAUGAGAAGGAACUGAGUUAUGUUCGACAGGAACUUACGGAGCGCACUGAAGAGGCAGAAGAAAUUGCACACGAACUUAUACGUAUAAAAAAUGAAGAAAAACAGUUCACUGAGCAAUUGCAGGAAUUGACAAGAGAUGGUUCUGCUAAGGCAGAUACUAUUGCUAAAUUAAAAGAGAAAGUUUCUGAGUUGUAUGUUGAGGUGGAAUCCCUUCGAUGCUCCCAUCUACAAGCCAUCUCUCACCAAAAAGAUUUACAGAAGGAGAUUGACAGUUUGAAGUGCUCGCGUGAUUGGUAUGCCGAUCAACUUCGUCUGGCUCAGUGUGUUCGCGAUCGUAUUCAAAACGAACCUGGAAGAAUUAACAACUUACUGAGGGAUAGCAGUGAGAUAAAUCAUCGUUUGGCACAUGAAAACGCUUGUUUGCAAGCUCAAUUGGCGUGUAGCAGGGCCGCUUUAGCUGAUGCGAAACGAAACCUUUCUCGGCAGUUAGAGUCUAUUCGUGUUGACAUGAUAGAACGUGAAGCGGUUUUUAAGCGUAUUACUGCUGAACGAGCUUUGUUUGAAAUCACUAGUCGCCAGCGCGCUGAUGAGAUAAGGGAGUUAAAGACACAGGUAUCUCAUUUUAAAAUGGAACUUAAGUCUACUGAAGAGCAUCUUUCGCUUCAAAAGAAUAAGUUAUUGGACGCUGAACGAGCCUUAGAAGUUGCAGAAAGUAGACGCAGUGAACUACAAAACCAGUUAGAUGCUUUUGAAAGGGAACAUUUUACUAAGGAAAGCUAUCUAGAUGACCAAAUCGCUAGAUAUGGUAUCGUCCUGGAAAGCUUAAAAGAUUAUGAAAAUGGCCAUAAAAGUAAAGCUAUUUUAAUCGACGAGAUUCUGGAAGAAAAAGCAUCACUCACAGCAGCUCUCUCAGCAUCAAAACAUGAAAAAGAGAUGUUGAAUAACUAUUUAAUAAAUUUAAAGGACAACCUAAUCAGAGUGGAAGAAAGUUUUAGCAUCCUUAGGUGUGAAAUCGAAUCCAAGUCUGCACAAAUUGUGGAGCUUACCAGUCAACGAGACAAUAUGGCUGAUAAAAUUAAAUCUCUCUAUAAUCAGUUAAGUGAUUACUACAAAGUGAUCGAGAAUUUACAAAAAGAAAAAGAAGAAUUAAAUUCUUCUUUAAAGGUCUUGCGGAUGGAAAUUGAAGAUUCUCACAAUAAUCUGAACAAGUUGGAUUUGUCACUUCAAAAGACUGACGUUGCCGUUGAAACUGUUGCUACAUUACAACCUAUAGAAUUGAAUUCUGUCUUGCCGAGUCAUAUGAUCGAUAAAGUACCUACACUGGAGUCUCAGACCAUUUACUACCCGCCGGGUGAAAUGGAGACCUCUGAAAGUCAAUCAAUUGCUGUUUCUUUACCGAAUAAUCUUAGUACCCCAGAUGCUAAUUGUCACAGCACUUUAGACAUUCUCGUAGAUGAAGCUAGUUGUUGGCAAAGUAUGGAUUUAAAUGAAAAUUUAUACAGAAAUGCUCUGCAUAACGUAGCUCCAGCUUCACAAAACGCAAACCAUGUAACUGAAUCUGAUCACGACACUCAAAAUAACAGGUUAAACUCACAGGAAAAUCAUCCCACAACACCUUUAAGUACUAAUAAGAAUACUUUUUUGUCAAGGGACCGGUCGUCUUUGGUUUCUGUCCAUGUUUCGUUUACUUCGUGUGAACAAAAUCAGAUGGAAUCAAGUCAAGCUAUUUCUAGUUCAACUAGUCAGUGUUAUCUUGGUAACUGGCCAUAUAUACAGCAAUUAUCAGAUAGCCAGAAUGGUGCUAAUGUGAAUCCUGGCUUUCAUAUUUCAGAAGCCCAUAUAAAAACUAAUCAAAUUUAUUUUUAUCCAUCUUCCCAUGAUAAUUUGAGCUAUACUCAUGAAUAUAAAUCCAAUGCAUAUCAAGAUAAUUUGUACGCAUGUUCAUCUAAAGGAAAACGUUCCUCAGAUUUAAGUUGGGAUAUUGCAAUUAGUACAAACAAUUUUUUGGCUCCUAGCGUCGGUUCACCUUUGGACCACAUAUCUAAUAAUACGAACUGUGAUGAAAUUUAUACCGAUCCAUUAGUUACCUUAGAACAAGAAGUUGAUGAAAAUUCAAACCACCUAACUCAACAAAAUACCUGUUUGUCCAGCCUAAGUAAUACCGUUAUGGCCGUGUCUACCGAGCAAGAUGUCAGUUAUAGUUUUACAGUUACUGAGGCUCAAAAUUUUCUUACGAAUGAUUGCUCUGGUUACUUCCAGGAGAAAAUAAAUGAAAGCGAAACAUCGGUUCUAUUAGCGAAAUAUUUCUCUUGUGACCAAACGAACCAGGCAAAUGAGGUUUUCCACCUAGAAAAUGUAACCGAUAGCUUACUACCUGUCAAUGAAACUCCCAUCUCAAUAUUAUGUAGCUUUUCACCACAUGAAACUUGUAACUUGAUUGACACUGGAUCAGAUAAACCAGAGAUUUCGGAGUUGCAUCCAAAUGAGAGGUUGAAUCAAUCAACAAUCGAUUCUAAUCGGAAUGGUGGCGACAACUGUCAAUAUAUUUUCAAUUCUGAACCACAAAAUGGUGAUUCUCUAUCUACUCUUGAUGAACUAAACCGUGUGAAAAACGAGCGAAACAAUCUUUCCGAACAUAUUUUGGCCUUGCAAAAGGAUUUAGCAGAAGCCGUUGUUAACUUAACAACGUAUCGAAAGGAAGCAGAGGUACAAGCUCUUAAUGUUGAACAUGAAAAAGUCGCCCAUCAACAAACACUAAAGGCUCAUCAACUUACUAUCUCAGAACUUGAUAAUGCUAAAGCCGAACUUGUUAAAAUGCAAAAGUUAGUCAGUGAACUUCGUCAAGAAGUUGUAUCAUCAAAAGAAGAGGUGGAAUUGUUGCGAGUGCGUGAAGAUGAAAACCGUUCUCUCUAUGAAACUGAAAUCAACUCAAUGAAAUCAGAGUUGCAUCCAAAUGAGGGGUUGAAUCAAUCAACAAUCGAUUCUAAUCGGAAUGGUGACGACAACUGUCAAUAUAUUUUCAAUUCUGAACCACAAAAUGGUGAUUCUCUAUCUACUCUUGAUGAACUAAACCGUGUGAAAAACGAGCGAAACAAUCUUUCCGAACAUAUUUUGGCCUUGCAAAAGGAUUUAGCAGAAGCCGUUGUUAACUUAACAACGUAUCGAAAGGAAGCAGAGGUACAAGCUCUUAAUGUUGAACAUGAAAAAGUCGCCCAUCAACAAACACUAGAGGCUCAUCAACUUACUAUCUCAGAACUUGAUAAUGCUAAAGCCGAACUUGUUAAAAUGCAAAAGUUAGUCAGUGAACUUCGUCAAGAAGUUGUAUCAUCGAAAGAAGAGGUGGAAUUGUUGCGAGUGCGUGAAGAUGAAAACCGUUCUCUCUAUGAAACUGAAAUCAACUCAAUGAAAUCAAUUGUUAAGAUAACUACCGAUCAUUUAUCAACACUGGCAGAAUCACUGUACAGUGCACUAGAUGAAAAAGCUAUACUGCAGGCGAAACUAGAUCGUUUGGAACAUGGGAUUCAUGGUCAGUUACAGAAAUUUCGUUUGUUUACUCGUUUGGAGUUACAUGGCGAAUCCAAAGUAGUCAAUCAAUGCUCCCUUGGUUCUCUAGCUGCUCUUGGAAUUCAUGUAGAAAAUAUGGUUGAUGGUAAUCCUGAGAUGACUUUCCAUAGAAAAUCACCUCGUAAAUUUACUCCAUCCUUCGAGUGUCUUCGGACAGAAAUAACAGAACUUGAGAACGAUCUACUUAGUCGUAGUAUGCUUGUCAGUGACUUAACUCAAAAUAAAUAAAUUCCAACUGAUCGAUGAAACUAGUUUUUUGAGGCCUCGAAUGUCUAUGUUUUACUCAUAUUCAACUUGAAGACAACCCUACCGAUAUCUACAUCGCACUAAACUGGCUUGAUCAAAUAAGUUGAAACGUUUUCAAAUUCAGUUGGAAGCCGAUAUCAAAUAUCGUCAACUGAGUUAUCCAUUUACUUUUCAAUCAUGAAAAUUCUACUCUAUUUGGUAGUAUUAUCACCCAUUAUUUUGUCUCUCUUUUAGAUCAUGUGACAUACGUUUUCAUUCUUAUAGCAUUUACUUUUAAAAUGCAGUACCUCAUGGUGAACCCAACUUUUAUACUUGUCUGUUGUAUAAAUUUCUAUAAACAGUUCAGUGAAUCUCGUAUCCACACAUACACAUUAUUUCCCGUUCUACAAACAUGUGAUACAUACUUAUAGCUUGUUUGAAUUUCAUUCAAACAUGAUUGUCUUUCUUGCUUAUUUUUGUCAUCGUAAAAAUCACUUCAGUCUUUCAUUUAUAGAUUCAUAAAUAUUCCUUUAAUAUUAGCAGUAUUUCUUUGAACAAUUAUGGAUUCAUUAAAAAAAAUUGUUACGCGUGAGGUAAUUUUAUUAUUCUAAUUAUUUUGUACUGUUCAGACUAAAGUUGACAAUAGGAUUAUGAAUAAUUGCUUUCAUUUGUUCUUUUUGUGUGAGAAAAUAAGUGAAUCAUAAUGCCCUUAGACAUUUAUGUUUAUUUUAUGUGAUACAAAUGUAUUUAUAUAUUGGUUGAUACUCUGUUUCUAAACCAUUGUGCUAAUAUACACAAACUUCUU